AUGGAAGAACAAAUUGAAAUAUUAAAACAUCGUAUCCAUUCGAAUUUUUUACCACCAGCAUUCAAUCUUCUUGGUUAUUCACUUGAUAGAAUUGAGAAAAUGCUUAACGGAUCAAAACAACCUUCUAAUAUGCUUGAAUUAAGUAUAGCAGCUGGCGAAGAAAAAGUACAAUAUUGGCUAAUAUUAUUACUUGAUCAUUUACUCGAACGGAAUGAAAUUACCAAUGAACAGUAUAAACAAAUGUAUCCUAAUUUAAAAACAUUAGAAUUAGCUCGUAUAUAUUUCAAUCUUAAAGUUCAUAAGCAUCGAUUUGAUUCGAAAAUUAAACACUAUACAGAAAAAGGCUAUCUCACUUCAACAACAUUAUUUGUUACAUUUGACAUGGCCGAUUUAUAUACAAUGAUACCACGAGAUGAUACUAUUGCUGCUUUAAGACGGUUCUGUCAAAAAUAUUCUGUCAAUGGCAAAAUUGGAAACCUCAAAAUAGAUACUAUCAUUAAAUUAGCCCCUGUUGUUUUAGAUACGAAUACAUUUGCUUACAAAAAUAAAUAUUAUCGACAAAUUAAAGGCGGUGCUAUGAGUUCACCAUUUACUAUGGUACCCGCCAAUAUAUAUAUAUAUAUAUAUAUAUUAGAAUGGGAACAAAAAUUAAUGCAACAUCAAAAUAGACAUCAUGAAAUUUGUGGCCGAUAA